GAGAGCCGAGCGGCGGCGGCGGCGGCGGCGGCGGCUCGGAGGCGCGGGCAGCCGGUGAGGGGGACUCUGAUCGCGGCGACGGGUCGGGGCUGAGCGGACGGCGGCGGCGGCAGCGGCGCCCCGAGCGGUUGGCUCAGCAUGUCGGUCAGCGUCCACGAGACCCGCAAGUCGCGGAGUAGCACGGGCUCCAUGAACAUCACGCUCUUCCACAAGGCGUCGCACCCCGACUGCGUGCUGGCCCACCUCAACACGCUGCGCAAGCACCGCAUGUUCACCGACGUCACGCUCUGGGCCGGCGACCGCGCCUUCCCCUGCCACCGCGCCGUGCUGGCCGCCUCCAGCCGCUACUUCGAGGCCAUGUUCAGCCACGGGCUGCGGGAGAGCCGCGACGACACGGUCAACUUCCAGGACAACCUGCACCCCGAGGUGCUGGAGCUGCUGCUGGACUUCGCCUACUCGUCGCGCAUCGUCCUCAACGAGGAGAACGCCGAGUCGCUGCUGGAGGCGGGCGACAUGCUGCAGUUCCACGACGUGCGGGACGCGGCCGCCGAGUUCCUGGAGAAGAACCUCUUCCCCUCCAACUGCCUGGGCAUGAUGCUGCUGUCGGACGCCCACCAGUGCCGCCGGCUGCACGAGCUCGCCUGGCGCAUGUGCCUGGCGCACUUCGAGACGGUGCGGCAGAGCGAGGACUUCAACAGCCUCUCCAAGGACAAGCUGCUGGACCUCAUCUCCAGCGACGAGCUGGAGGCGGAGGACGAGCGGGCGGUGCUGGAGGCCGUCCUGCGGUGGGUGCGGCACGACCUCGAGGGGCGCCGCGCCCACCUGCCCGAGCUGCUGCGGGGCGUGCGGCUGGCCCUGCUGCCCUCCGACUGCCUGGAGGAGGCCGUGGCCCGCGAGGCCCCGCUCCUGGCGGGCGAGCGCACCAAGGGCAUGUUCGACGAGGCGCUGCGCUGCAAGGCCAGGAUCCUGCAGAACGACGGCGUGGUCACCAGCCCCUGCGCCCGGCCGCGCAAGGCGGGCCACACGCUGCUCAUCCUGGGCGGCCAGACCUUCAUGUGCGACAAGGUGUACCAGGUGGACCACAAGGCCAAGGAGAUCAUCCCCAAGGCCGACCUGCCCAGCCCCCGGAAGGAGUUCAGCGCCUCGGCCAUCGGCUGCAAGGUCUACGUGACGGGGGGCCGGGGCUCCGAGAACGGGGUGUCCAAGGACGUGUGGGUGUACGACACCGUCCACGAAGAGUGGUCCAAGGCGGCCCCCAUGCUGAUCGCCCGCUUCGGCCACGGCUCGGCCGAGCUGGAGAACUGCCUCUACGUGGUGGGCGGACACACGUCGCUGGCGGGCGUCUUCCCCGCCUCCCCGUCCGUCUCCCUGAAGCAGGUGGAGAAGUACGACCCCGGGGCCAACAAGUGGAGCAUGGUGGCCCCGCUGAGGGACGGCGUGAGCAACGCGGCGGUGGUGAGCGCCAAGCUGAAGCUCUUCGUGUUCGGGGGGACCAGCAUCCACCGGGACAUGGUGUCCAAAGUCCAGUGCUACGACCCCGCCGAGAACCGGUGGACGAUCAAGGCGGAGUGCCCCCAGCCCUGGCGGUACACGGCGGCGGCCGUGCUGGGCAGCCAGAUCUUCAUCAUGGGCGGCGACACGGAGUUCACGGCCGCCUCCGCCUACCGCUUCGACUGCGAGACCAACCAGUGGACGCGGAUCGGGGACAUGACGGCCAAGCGCAUGUCCUGCCACGCCCUGGCCUCGGGCAACAAGCUCUACGUGGUGGGCGGCUACUUCGGGACCCAGCGGUGUAAGACCCUGGACUGCUACGACCCCACGGCGGACACGUGGAGCUGCGUCACCACCGUGCCCUACUCGCUCAUCCCCACGGCCUUCGUCAGCACCUGGAAGCACCUGCCUGCCUGAGGGCCCUGCGAGCCAGGCUCUGCGUGUCUCCCCACAUCACGGCUGCAGCCGUCACAGGGACCCCGUCUCUGUCGGCCACAGCAGGAAGCUCAGCGCUCCGAGCGGCCGCCCACCAGCUCUGGGAGCUGCUCUGAGUUUUAGACGAGAGAAGACGCCGUCUCCAGCCCGGGGUGUCUGCCUGAGGCUUUUCCCGCUCUGCAGUGGUUUUGGGGGACAGGAUCUCCCAGAGGGGCGUGCGCACACCCGGGCUCCCUCUGACUCCGGGAGGACGCAUUUGCAGGACUUUGAGGUCACCUGUUUCCGCAAGUCCUGGACGGGGCGGGGGCCAGGCACGGAAGAGCCCUGGAUGGGGGGCAGCACCGCCCGCAGACUGUGACUCACAUCCCUGUCCCUGCUGGGUGUCACCCACAGAGGGCGUCCCAGGUCUCGGGGAGACAGCCCAGCAGGACUGAGGGCAGGAGCUACCGAGGAGAGAACCGAGGACACGUUAUAUGAGGGCAGAAACCCGUGGGGUCACCUCAGUGACCUCCGCGAGGCCUCAUUGGCGAUGACCCCGGGCAGCUGGGUUAAAGACGAAACCUCCUGGCCCCUCCCCAGAGCUGGGCUUGCCCUUGGGACCUUGCCACCUCCCUCCCGGUCAGGCUGGCCGUGGCCCAUCACACAGCAGGACCCAGGACCUUGGGUACCACAUGCCGCUGGACAGGGGUGCCCCUCCUCAGAGCACAUCACAAGCACCAGCAAUGCCCCCGCCUCCUGAUGGGGACCCAGAGGGACCUCCCCCAGGCUGGACGCAUCUCAGUGCGGAGGUCAGCCACGAGGUCACCGCUCCGACCCCGCUGGCCCCUGGCACCCUGGCCUUCCAGCUGGUGACUGGGUCUGCCCCAUCUGCCCCCAGGCUCACAAAGCACGCUCCGUCCCAAGAGAACGGCCAGACAUCUGUUCGUUGUUUCUCACCUUCCAAGUGGCUGGUCCCUCCUCAGUGUAUCCCAGCCCAGCCCGCCCCUCCCGGCCCCUCCAUGCAGGCACCAGCCUUGGGGCUUCUCUUGGGGACUUGGACCUUGAAGUGGGGUUCACUCACUGAUGCGCCCCAGCUGCCACUCGGGAACGUCUGAGAGCAGAAGGUGCACCUCCAGUCUUCAGACUCUGCUGCUCCCUCUCGGCCCCCCUGCAGCCAGGGGGCCCCACCCCAGGAGAUGGCUCUGCUGGGAAGCUGGGGAGCCCUGGCCGCGGGGGGUCUCAGGGCCCUGCCCUGUCAGCGCUGAGCUGAGCUCAGCGCGUCUCACAGCACAAAGGACCUCGGGUGCUCUCCCUGGCGGGACCUCUCUCCGUUUCUAAGUUAAUAAAUGAAUUGAG